AAUAGAUUUGACCCCUACGCCAAAAGGUCCCCGACGCGACACCGCCGCAGCUCCCAGAAUAAAAGAACAAAAGAAUAAAAACAGAAAACAAGACAGCAGCGCUUUAAAGCAUUCCUUUUCUUCUCCACCAGACCACCUCCAUUAUUAUAUAUAAAUCAGAAAACCUAAAUCCAAAGGUAAACCCUCUGAAAAAGAAUCCGUCAAUUUCUCAUCAACCAAACAGAAAAGUCGAUCCCCUUAAAAACCCUAAUUUUCUUUUUCUAAAUUAGAGAGACAGGAAGGGAGAGUGAGAGGGAAUAAAGAUUGAUAGAGUUAGAAAGAGAGUUUUUCUUUGAUUUAACGAAGGAUGUCUGCGGCAGUGUGCGGGAGCAAGAGACCGUUCUUCGAGGAUAUCCCGUCGUCGCCAUCGGCUUCUGUCUCUAAGAAGCUCCGGCGCUGCUCGCCUUCAUCUCCUUCGUCUGUUCGUUUCGCUCCGCCGCCGUCUCCACUCGAUCACCUCCAAACCCUCUUCCCUCACAUGGAACCUGAGCUUCUGGAGAGAGCACUGCUAGAAUGCGGCAAUGAUAUAAACACUGCCAUCAAGAGGCUGCAGGAACUUUGCUUAGGAGGUGUAGAAGCUACUGGGGAUAGGUCGGUUCCUGUUGAGGAACUGGGCACAAUUGCAGAGCAGGUUACAUUGACCAAUGAUAGAGAAACUGCUACUGCUGCCAUGACUGUUCAGAAUAUAUUGGCCCCAGAAAAUCUGCCUGUUGAUGGUGCAGAAUGGGUGGACUUGUUUGUGAGGGAGAUGAUGAGUGCUACAAGUGUGGAUGAUGCUAAAGACCGUGCCUCUAAAUUGCUGGAGGUUCUGGAGAAGUCCAUAAGUAACCGUGCUGCUGAAGAGUCAGCACAAAGUUUUCACGAGGAAAACAUCUUGUUAAAGGAACAGAUUGAAGUGUUGAUUCAAGAAAAUACAGUCCUCAAACGUGCUGUGGCUAUUCAGCAUGAACGUCAAAAGGAGUAUCAGGAUAAAAACCAUGAAUUGCAACAUUUGAAGCAGUUGGUGUCUCAGUAUCAGGAGCAGCUGCGAACUCUAGAGGUAAAUAACUAUGCCUUGACGAUGCAUUUGAGAGAGGCACAGCAAAGCAACUCCAUCCCAGGGCAUUUCCACCCCGAUGUCUUCUGAAAAUAAGAUGGAUCUUAGUGAUGAAGUGCUUAAGCUGUUUGCCUAAGUUGGUAUGUUUGCUAUGAAAUUUAGUUUGUGUCUGAUGUGGGGGCCAUGAAGUGUUGAUUCAUUCUCCAGUAUGUUAAAGAAAUAUCAAAUUUAUAUUUCAAAGUGAAUCAGUUUAAUCUCUGUAUUUUCUUUGUUAUCUUAAUAUCUUUGGAUUCUUAAAGUGGACUACUUGUUUACUGUGAAUAAUUAUCAAAUUUUCGAAAGUGA